GAUUGUGUCUGUAAAUGAGCUCGUAGUUCCGAGUUCAGGGGUUGUCAGCGUGAGGUCGUGGAAUAGCAUAUCACGUAAAGUUCUAGUAGCUAUUCUCGUGUUAGUGGAGGUGUAUAGCUAUUGGCUGUUGUGACAAAUGGCAAACGUAACACACUACUUCCAGAGCAGUACAAAGGAUUUCACAUUUGGACCAUGGAAACUCAAGGCAACAAAAGAUCACAUCAUGAAAUCAGCUGAUAUAGAGCAACUCGCUGAAGAAAUGCAUGUUCCUGGUCUACCAGAAAUGUUGUUUGGUGAUAAUGUCUUACGGAUACAACACACUGAAGGGUUUGGUAUUGAAUUCAAUGCUAAGGAUGCACUUAGGCGGGUGAGAAACUGCCAGCAGGAAUUGGUCAAAGUUGCAUGUGCAGAAGAAUGGCAAGAGAGCAGGGCAGAUUGUGAGCACAGCAAAGAAAUCGUUAAACCAUAUGACUGGACAUAUACAACAGAUUACAAAGGAACAUUACUGGGUGAUCCUCAGUUAAAGGUUAAUCCUACUACAGAACGUAUAAAUACAGAAAAACUAAAAACCAGGGAACAGAUCAUAUUUUUUGAAGAAGUUCUGCUGUUUGAAGAUGAGCUGCAUGACCAUGGUGUUUCCAGUCUCAGUGUGAAAAUUCGUGUAAUGCCUUCAUGUUUUUUCUUGCUGUUGAGAUUUUUCCUCCGUGUUGAUGGUGUGCUCAUUAAGAUGAAUGACACUAGACUUUACCAUGAGGCAAAUACAGAUUAUUUGCUACGGGAGUAUAGCUCACGAGGAAGCAAAAUAUCUGACCUUAAGCAUGUUCCACCUCCUUUGUAUACAGACCCAAAUGAAAUUGCUCAGUAUCUACCCUUGAAGCAGACUAUGUAUGAAAAGUUGGAGUUCCCAAAUGGCAUGGACGGAGUACCUCUAUCUCCAUCUCCACAAAGUACAUGAAGAGGAAUAAGAUGCCUUAAGACAUUACACUACAACAUUCAUCUUGGCCCCAGCCUUGACACAGUUGACCACCUAAGGAGUACCGCUUCUUUAUAAUCUCUGUUAUGAAAACUAUUUUUAUUGUAACAGUAUUGCAUUUUGUGGUUUCAUUUUAAAAACUGACUUCAAACUUCAGAAUUGAAGUUCCUCUGGAAAUGGUUGGACAUGAACAUUUUUGACUGUACAAGAAGAUGCUCAAAAUGUGGUUCAGAGCUUAGUUUUCCUGACUCUCAUCAUAGAUUGAAGAUUUCUGCAUGAUUUGUUUACCUUAGCUGCGGGAAUUAGUUUAAUUUCUGGGUACUCUGCUUAUUUAUGUUACUAAGCAAUGCAACGUUUUUAUAUGUCUAGAACAGAAUCUAGCAUUUGUGUAAGUUGUUCCAUAUUUUUAUGGUGUGCACAAAUAUGGGUAAAUGUGUUAAACUGCUUACAAUUAAAUUGGCUGUUGUGUUA